CAUGAAAUUGGCAUUUAUUCGGACAUGAAAUUGGCAUUUAUUUUACGAAAGACUAUAUCGUAGGAUAGGAAAUUUUUAUAAAAAUGCAACAUAAUUACUUCGAAUCAAUUAGAAAAGAAGUAUUUAAAUGCACAUUCUCUUCAUUCUUCAUUGUUUUCGCCCAUACUUACGGUUUUUACAACGACACUAAUUUAAAUUCGUCAAUAAUCGAAGAAAUAAUAGAAAUUCCCGUACAGAAUAUAAGCGAAAUGAAAUUCACUCAUCGAUUGGCGUUCUUAGAUCAAGUACUCGAAGGGUAUGAUAAAAGAGCUUGGCCCACCUACGGUCAAGGUAAAUUCGUAAUUUUCAAGAUAAAUAUAGUUGUGAAUUCCUACCAAGCUAUAACUUUAAAUAAUUUAGAAUACAGCAUGGAUAUCUAUUUACGACAAGCUUGGCAAGACCAGAGGUUGAAUCUGGCACAGUUUGGAAUAAAUAGUACGGUUACGCUAAAUGGGGAAGAUCUAGUCGAUAAAAUAUGGAAACCCGACUUGUUCUUCCGUAACGUCAAAAAAGCCAGUUUUCAUAAAGUGACAGUACCUAAUCGUCUCAUCAAAAUGGAUCCAGACGGAAGAGUCUUGUACAGCAUGAGAUUAACAUUAAGACUGGCUUGUCACAUGUCGUUUCGUCACUAUCCUCUAGAUACUCAAAAUUGCCACUUAGUAGUGGGACCUUAUGCACAAACAGUAGAUCAAGUGGAGAUUCAAUGGGAUAGAAAAACGCCAAUUGUAAUAGAAUCACCUAUAGAAUUACCCGAAUUCAACCUUAUAAGUUAUAAAUACGAUAAUUUUACUAGACAUAUAGAUACAGGUGCUUUUAGUUUCCUGAAUGCAACCUUCAGAUUGGAACGUCAGAACGGAUAUCAUUUGAUACAAACUUAUCUUCCGACGUUCUUAAUAGUCAUGAUUUCUUGGGUAUCAUUUUGGUUGAACGUCGACGCCACACCCGCCAGAGUGACGUUGGGAGUGACUACUUUGCUGACGUUAACCACGGUCGCUUCCGGUGUAAGAACUCAACUUCCUCCUGUAUCUUACGUGAAAGCCAUCGAUGUCUGGAUAGGAACUUGUUCGGUGAUGGUAUUCGGUGCUCUCUUAGAGUUCACUUUAGUUAAUUAUUUAUCUAGAAGUAAACACUGUCCAGAAGAUUUUAGAAGAUCUUUAAAUAUUUUUGCAAGAACGAAAAAGAUUCCAAUUAAUAACGACUUGGCAGAGAAGGCAAAUGCAUCCAAUGAAUUAGCUCGCAAUGUGAAGAGAGCCAUGAUGGUGGACAGAGUCUGUAGAAUCCUCUUCCCUUUGUUAUUCUUCAUUUUCAAUGCUAUUUAUUGGCCGUAUUAUCUGUACGUACCCGACGAUUAAAUUGAAAAAAAAUUCAAAAAAUUACCUUCUUCCGUUUCUCGAUAACGUACAAUUUAAAUACAGUUAAAGAAUAUGAAUCCUACAUAAACAAAUGCUAUCAGUACAAAAAACAUUUAUUUAAAUGAUUUUCUACUUUUUACAAUAAAAAAAAUUAGGAAUAUUUUAUAAUUUUAUUUAUUUUUAAA